UAUCGGGAGCCUUCCAGUGUUGGUGUGGCACAACAUUUAACCAACACUGUUUUUAUUGACAGAGCUUUGAUUGUUGUGCCCUGCGCUGAAGAUGACUAGAGUGACCCAGGCUACACUACUACACUAGCCUGACUCAAGGCUUUGUUUUCCAAGCCACUAUACCCGCCGGGGCCCACGCUGCCUUCAAGGGGGGAAUGUGACCAGGAGCAUAGCCGCUGAACCUUCCGAGAUGGACACCUUGUCUCUUUUUAUUUUCUUUAAUUUUUAUUUUCAUUUUCUUUUUUUAUUUUAUUGUUGAUUUCUUUUGUUCUUUUAUUUAUUUCUCUCACAUGUUGUCCCUUUUUUUGCCUCUUAGAAGAGUUGCAUAUUCAUUGUGUUGUUUUUUCUUUAUUUGUUGUUUUCCUGUCCCCUUGUCCCUCGUCCCCAAUCCCACAGUUGCACACCUUUGCCUGUCUUUCAAAGCUGUCCAGGUUGACUUGGCGCCCAGUAUUGGAGUGAAGUUUGAACGGUACAAGGGCAGCUCUUACUGAUGUCUAAUUGUGAUGCAGCCAACAUGAACGGUUGUCUUGUGUUGCACACCCUUUCCAACACUGCGACACGAUCGCCCCAGGGAGAAAAGCGCCCAUGCUUGAAAUCGUAUGGUUCAUGACCAAUAUGUUUCCAGUACAGGAAAAAUCCCUGAAGAGGCAAAGGCGCUCUCGCUUUUGGCUCCUGCAACACCUGUGGCCAGCCUGAUGAGCGGUGGAGGACUUCUGCCAAUUCCUAGCCCUUCUACACUACAGAAUCGGAGUCUACCUUUAGCUAAUCUUGGAGUCCUGAAGUCUAGUUUGGAUACCUCUGUGGCGACUCUGAGUGCAAUCUCUGCUCAGCCUCCUUUGAUGGGAAAUGUUGAUCCCUCUAAAGUGGAUGAGAUCAGGAGGACAGUGUAUGUUGGCAAUUUGAAUUCACAGAGCACCACGGCAGAUCAGCUCCUCAAGUUCUUCAAGCAGGUGGGAGAUGUGAAGUUUGUCCGAAUGGCAGGAGAUGAAACCCAACCUACUCGUUUCGCUUUUGUGGAGUUUGCUGAUCAGGAUUCAGUGUCACGAGCACUCACUUUUAAUGGAGUGAUGUUUGGUGACAGACCACUGAAGAUUAACCACUCCAAUAACGCCAUAGUGAAGCCUCCAGAGCUCACACCACAAGCUGCAGCCAAAGAGCUGGAGGACGUCAUGAAGAAAGUCAGAGAGGCUCAGUCAACCAUUGCUGCUGCCAUCGAGCCAGAAAAUGAACUUCCUUCAUCCAGUAGAUCCAGGAAUUCCAGAAGGUCCAGAUCUCACUCUUGCUCUCCAUCUCACUCACGAAGAAAGCGAUCUAGGUCCAGACACAGAGGGCAUCCAUCAAAGAGAUCACGGCAGAGGUUUAAUGAAUCGCGUGGAUCCCAUAGGAGACACUCUAGAGAAAGGAGACGCAGCCAGAGUCGAUCUCAUUCCAGGGGCCGAAGGAAGGACAAAGAUAGUAAAGGAAAGAAGGAGGAUGACUGGGAUGAAAAGAGGCUGCGGGACAAAACUGGAAGGUCGCCUCCAAAAUGCUAUGUUGGUUCAGGACGGUCCCGCAGUACAAGCAGAGGACAUAAGAAAAGAAGCAGAUCUCCACCCAGGUCACCAAGGCAGAGAGCCAGGUCACCAACACCAACAAAAAGAGGCAAGAGAGACAAAAAGAGGGAGAAAGGAUGGGACAGUAGCAGGGAAAAAGCUGAGAGCUCAGCCUUUAGAAGGAAAAGCAGGGAUUCUGAAUAUAAAGCAAAACCCUCCCAGAGGGAAAGGGUCUAUGAGCAGAUGGAUCACGAGUAUGACAGUGAAAUGGACGGUUCGGGCUCAAUGGUUAGCGAUGACCGAUCUCCUCCAGCUCAUCUCAAUGGCAGCUACAGGAGUUCUUACACCGAGGAGGACGAUCUCUUUGUAGCUGAGUGAUCACCGUCUACCAGUCAAGCCAAGAACUGUGUAUCAUACUGUAACAACUGACACUCCUUUUAAAGUGCUUUCUUCUGUGUUCGUUGUGUGGUCGUAGGUUUCUAAAUACGUUUUCUGCUGCUGUGAAUAUGCUCCUGUCAUAUGAUAUUCAUAUGGAUGAAAAUGUAAAGAUCUUUAUUGUUAAGAAAGAAGUGGUAUAUUGAACAGAACUUUUUAAAAUCCAUUAAGCGUUUUGCAUCUUUUGCAUGUAAAGUUGUAUUUACAUUCUAGUGGUUUUGCGUCCUUUUUUUGGUCCAUUUUACUAAAAUAAAGCCUUUUUUUAUUAGUGUGAUUCUCAAGAAAAGUCAUAUUUUACUCCAAAGUCAAACAAUAUUUUUUGCAUUAAACUAUUAGGCCUUUUUAUUUUAUUUUGACAUUAUUUUAUGGCAUUUCAUUUUCCUCAUUUUGAAUUGCUUUAAUGUAAACAACAUUAAAUCUGCAUCGGGUUUUUUUUCCUGUUAAAAGGUUUGCUUAAUUGUUGGACUACGUUAAGAUUCAUCUGCUCUCCCUGGUCUUUCAAUUAAAGUAAAAUUAAAACUAUACUGCAUUUAGUAUGUGCGUACUGUAGAAUAACACUCCCAGUGAACUGUGUAGAAGCACAGUGCAUGUUACAAGUGCCUAGACAAAGAUUGUGUGGCAACAAUAUUUAACGAUGUAAAUGACGUAACAGAAAAGGUAUUUAUCUAGCAUCAUAGUUAAGCUUGUGUAAAAUGCAUAGUUUUAUUUUUAACAGUAUUUAGUUUGAACAGUGUAUACAGAGACUUAAAAUAAGCUCUUCAGUCAAGUAUUGUGGUGUGUCAUUUAUCCAGUUUUCUAAGAAGCUUUUUCUGAUCGCUGAGCACAGUAAAAAGCGGCGACUGUUGUCUCAUUUGGAAUAACUGCAAUUUAAAGCUUUAAGCUUUUGGAUAUUAUUUAUUUUUUAUAUUGAGUGUUUUUGUUUUGUUCAGUCUAAUUUUGUAAUUAGGUUUGUAUCAUUUUAUACAGUACGUGUUAGCAGAACAACUAAUAUGAAUAAGAAUCGAGUAACUUUUGAAUUAUUUUGAUUUGUGAGCAGUGAUUCUCUGUUUAGAUAUACAUGUAUAAAAGACUUUCCCUAUCAUAACAUUUACAUUAAAGAGGUUAUACUGUACUUUCAGUUCAUCUGUUCCACAGUGUUUUCUGAAGAAAAUGUGAGUGUUGUCUCCAGAUGUGAAACUCACUUUCUUGUUAUUUAGAAUAUUGUUUUAAUUUUUUCUAAAUAGAUUUUAAAUGUAAUGUAUUCUUGCCAUUUACAGCUGAAUUCUUAGCAUUAAUAAUCAGGAUCACACAAUUCUUCAGAAAUCAUUCUAAAAUGAUGAUUUGAUGCCCUUUAUAUUGUGCUUCUUUGAUAAAGUAUCAACAAAAUGUCA